AUUUUAGUGAAAAUAGUGAAACUUUCGGAUAUAAAUUCAAAUGACCAGCAUAAUAAAUUUAUUAAAGUUUUCUAUCUAUUGAGUUCGCUUUAAACAAAUAUCUAUGGUACAUUAAAACAUAAAUUCUAAAGUAAGUGUAGAACGUGUGAGUCUGCCGCCAUAGUUCCAUUUGAAAUCUUCGUUGACACCAAUUGGAAAAAUAUUAGCAAAGUCACAAAGAAGCGAAACUCUGCGAGCCGCGUUAACGACGAUUGCCAUUCGGUUGGAGUAGGCGGAAUAUUUUUCUUUUAGUUUUUCAGGAAAACUGUGAAUCGAGUAAAUCGGUUUGUGUGGCUUUCAAAAGUUGUGAAAAACGAUAAUAAGAAAAACGCAUCAGACAUUGAAAUCGAGUUACAGAAUCUAAUAAGCGAAAAAGUGUAAAAGUGUGCGAAAAAUAUUUCGCCGAAUUGCUUAAAUUCCGGCUGUCAAAAAUAAAAGCGACUAGACGUUGAGUUUUGUCUUGCUUCCGCGCACCAUUGACCAAGUGCGACCAUAAGUAGUUGUAGUUGCGCUAGUCACACUACAGGUGUCCUCAUAAGGGACGGAUAUAGUUAGUAGCCGCACCGCUUAAUCGACUUUGUUGCAGACGAGUGCCGAAGUGAAUCGAGUCUGGUAGUUUUGGUCUUCGUAAUUAUUCGGUCUGAUUGGUCGUGGUAGUUCGUCGAGACAAAAAUUCAGUGCGAUUGCUGCGAGAAUUGAAUUCGUCGUACUCGUGGGCUUUAAACGGCAAAGAAGGAAAAUUUUCUUUUUUUUAAUAGAAAUUUAGUUUGUGCGCUACGCUCCACACACACAUUAAAAAUAAAAUUUCAACAAAAUGGCGUUAAAAAGAAUUAAUAAGGAACUACAAGAUCUGGGCAGAGAUCCACCUGCACAAUGUUCAGCUGGACCAGUCGGCGAUGAUUUAUUUCACUGGCAAGCUACAAUAAUGGGACCGCCUGACAGCCCGUACCAAGGUGGCGUGUUUUUCUUAACAAUUCAUUUUCCAACAGAUUAUCCUUUCAAACCGCCUAAAGUGGCUUUUACAACGCGUAUAUACCAUCCAAACAUUAACAGUAACGGAUCGAUUUGCCUCGACAUUUUAAGAUCUCAGUGGUCGCCAGCAUUAACUAUUUCAAAAGUUUUACUAUCGAUUUGCUCUCUUCUCUGUGAUCCAAAUCCAGACGAUCCGCUUGUACCAGAGAUUGCAAGAAUAUAUAAAACCGAUCGGGAAAAAUAUAAUGAAUUGGCACGAGAGUGGACUAGAAAGUAUGCUAUGUGAUGCGCUCCAGUUCGUACUAUCGAUCCGUCAACUAGUAACAACAGCAACAAUAGCAACCAGAAUGGCAACAGAAUGAAGGAUUGCUAUAACAUCAUCAAGACCAACAACAACAAUAUAAUAAAAUCAACAAUAGCAACUACAAUGGCAUAGCGCUCCAAAGUAAAGGUUUAAAAAUAUAUAGCAGAAGCAACAACAACAGCAAAAGCAACCAAAACCACAAUGUGAAACAAUUCUUCUUCAGCAAAUAAAAAAUAUGAAAAAAUAUUAAAACAAUAAAAAAACACUGCAUUAAUUCAAGAGUAAGCAAGAAUUAUGCGUAAAACAAGAGAGAAGAAAAACGCCACAGAAAGCAAAAUAAAUAUCUGC